GGGCCGCGGGCGCCUCUCGGGUCCGAGGGCCGCCGGCCGCCGCGGGCCUGCCUCGCCCGAUGUGUCCCUCAGCGGAGUGGAGCAGGGCCCCACAUGCGCCACACAGUAUGCCAUGGCCUGGGCGGGCCCCUCCCAGCCCUCACCUCCUGCAGAGCCAGCUCUCGGUGCCAAACCCACAGCUCUCCCUGGAGGAAGACGCCCUGGCCUGGGAGUGCAGCCUGGGCAGCGGCCUCUGAACAAAGACUGGUUUGCGCUCCAGAUGCAGCCUGUGGUCUGCGGGGCUGGGGAGCUUUUCCAGCCCGUCUUCUCCCGGGAGCCCGAGCACCGUGGGCAGCCCUGGAGGACGAGGACACCUUGGACGUGAAGUCUGCUUCUCGGGAAGGGUCAGCGCGCGCCGGCUAUGCCGGCCCCCACGGAACAGAUCCCUGGGCCAGGCAGCAGGAACGUGCUAGCAGCCUGAGGAGAGGCCAGCAGGGCACUGUGGGGACAGCCCAGCCUUGCGCCCAGCCCUCCUGCAAGAUGUGGACAGCCCUCAUGCUGCUGUGGGUGCCCACCUUGUCCUCGUCCUUGUCUGCAAACCAAGUGGCACCCCCUGAUCCACGGCACUUAGUCAACGAAACACUAAGGGCUGUCAAUAAAACGUCUGAGGCUGUGACUGUGGCGACACCUCCUCCUGUCAUGCUGACCACUGGACCCUUAGUCACCAGCCCCAGCUCCUCUGUUGGCACCACGGGGAGGACACCUGGGACAAAGGGGAGCACUGCAGCCACGGCCCACGGAGCCCCCGAGCGCACAGCCUCCCCAGCAUCCACACAGCAGGCCUCGUCCUCCACCGCUGCCACCAGUGGCCCCACUGAGGGGUCACAGCAGGCCCUGUCCUCUACCACUGCCCCCAGCGGCCCCACCAACGGGUCACGGCAGGCCCUGCCCUCUACCGCUGCCCCCAGCGGCCCUGCCGAGGGGUCACCUGGCAGCACGUUGCCCAGUGCAGUAGCUCCCACCACACCAGCCACGGGCGCCCCGGCCACAUCUAGUGCCCAAACAGUGACGGCCAGCCUAGAGGGCACACACGUUCCUCCCAAGAACACACCCGGCCACCCCACAGUCAACUCCACACGCCCCACGAGUGCCCACACACCGAGCUCGGCCUCACCAUCCACACACGGCCUCACCGUCGACUCGCCCACUACCCGACCUGUGGCCAACAGGACGAGUGAGCCUAUGUCCACCCCCACAAACACAACCCUAGUGCCCACCCCCACAGUGAGGACCACUACCGGGACACAGGCCGGAGGGCUGGCAGCCAGCACAACGCCAGCACGUGCCACCAGCCCCAGCCCCGAGGCGGUGGCCACGUCCCCCACCACGUUGCCAAGCCCUGCGCCGUCCACCCCAGGGGCAGAGGGGCCUGGCACACCCCACACACCGGAGCAGCCAGAGCCAGAGGCCACCACCGGUACCACCUCCACCCCACCAACACCUGGGCACUCAGGGGGUCCUAAGGUGCCAACCACAGACUCGUGCCAGCUCAGCACCCAAGGCCAGUACCUGGUGGUCACCACUGAGCCCCUCAACCAGCCCCCCGUGAACCAGAGCUUCCUCCUGGCGGUGCUCGUGCUCGGGGUGACCCUGUUCAUCGCCGUCUUGGUCCUGCUCGCCCUGCAAGCCCACGAGAGCUACAAGAAGAAGGACUACACGCAGGUGGACUAUCUCAUCAACGGCAUGUACGCUGACUCGGAGAUGUGAGGGCAGCGCCCCGGCCUCCGAGCCUGCCCAAGUGCUUCCGGACCCUUUUGGUGCAACUUAGGAGACACGCCAGAUGCUAAAGGCACUUAAUCGCCAUCAGAUUAACCCCACGGUCACUAGAGUUCUGCGUUUUUCAUAUUUAUUUUUUUAAAUGAUGCCUCGGACGGCCCAGGCCGGAGCUGCCCAGGGAGCAGCUGGAGCCGGGCCGGAAUUAAAGCGAUGACCGAUCUCUGGUCAGUGUGUCCCAUGUCCCAUGCAUGAGCU